AUCAAACUCGAGCACUACUGUCGACAGCACUUUUUCACACGAGAUUGAUUACUCAAAGCAAUAAAAAUGGCCAGAGGAUCAGUAUCCGAGGAAGAAAUGGCAGACCUCAGAGAAGCUUUCUCUAAAGUUGAUACAGAUGGCAAUGGGUACAUCAGCUGCAAUGAACUAAAUGACUUGUUCAAAGCAGCUUGCUUGCCCUUGCCUGGUUACAGAAUAAGGGAAAUCACAGAGAAUCUGAUGGCAACUGGAGAUCUAAACCAUGAUGGCCGAAUCAGCUUUGAUGAGUUUAUCUCGGUGUUUCAUGGGUUAAAAAGCACAGAAGUCGCCAAGACCUUCAGAAAAGCCAUUAAUAAGAAAGAAGGGAUUUGUGCUAUUGGUGGUACCUCAGAACAAUCCAGUGUUGGGACACAGCAUUCCUAUUCAGAGGAAGAAAAAUAUGCCUUUGUUAACUGGAUAAACAAAGCCCUGGAAAAUGAUCCUGAUUGUAAGCAUGUCAUCCCUAUGGAUCCGAACACAGAUGACCUCUUUACCGCUGUUGGAGAUGGCAUUGUCCUAUGUAAAAUGAUCAACCUAUCAGUGCCAGAUACAAUUGAUGAAAGAACGAUCAACAAAAAGAAACUUACCCCAUUCACCAUCCAGGAGAAUUUGAACCUGGCUCUGAACUCUGCUUCAGCCAUUGGGUGCCAUGUGGUUAAUAUAGGAGCUGAGGAUUUGAAGGAGGGAAAACCUUAUCUGGUCUUGGGCCUUUUGUGGCAAGUCAUCAAAAUUGGAUUGUUUGCCGACAUUGAACUCAGCAGGAAUGAAGCUCUGAUUGCCCUUUUGAGGGAAGGUGAAAGUCUGGAGGACUUGAUGAAACUUUCCCCUGAGGACUUAUUGCUGAGAUGGGCGAACUAUCAUCUGGAAAAUUCAGGCUGCAAUAAAAUCAACAACUUCAGCAAUGAUAUCAAGCUGACUGACUUCUACAGCAUUUUAAAGGACUCGAAAGCUUAUUACCACCUGCUUGAGCAGGUGGCUCCAAAGGGAGAUGAAGAAGGUAUUCCGGCUAUUACUAUUGACAUGUCAGGAAUAAGGGAGAAGGAUGACAUCCAGAGGGCAGAGUGUAUGUUGCAACAAGCAGAAAGACUGGGAUGCCGGCAGUUUGUCACCGCCACAGAUGUUGUCCGCGGGAACCCAAAGUUGAACUUGGCUUUUAUUGCCAAUCUUUUUAAUAGAUACCCUGCCCUACACAAACCAGAGAAUCAAGAAAUUGAUUGGGGAUCUCUUGAAGGUGAGACGAGGGAGGAGCGCACAUUUAGGAACUGGAUGAAUUCCUUGGGUGUGAGUCCUCGGGUCAAUCAUUUGUACAGUGAUUUGUCAGACUCCCUGGUCAUCUUCCAGCUCUAUGAAAAGAUUAAAGUACCUGUUGACUGGAAUCGAGUGAAUAAGCCGCCAUAUCCUAAACUGGGGGGUAAUAUGAAGAAGCUUGAGAACUGUAACUAUGCCGUGGAACUGGGGAAGAAUCAAGCCAAGUUUUCUCUUGUUGGCAUUGCUGGGCAGGACCUCAAUGAAGGAAACCGCACGUUGACGCUGGCCUUAAUAUGGCAGAUAAUGAGAAGGUAUACACUGAGCAUUCUUGAAGAUAUUGGUGGAGGACAGAAAGUCUAUGAUGAUAUUAUUGUCAAUUGGGUGAAUGAAACGUUGAAAGAAGCUGAGAAGAACUCAUCUAUUUCUAGUUUCAAGGACCCUAAGAUCAGCACAAGUAUGCCUGUUUUGGAUCUCAUUGAUGCCAUUCAAGCAGGAUCCAUUAAAUAUGAUCUUUUGAAAACAGAUGACCUAAAUGAUGAAGAAAAACUUAAUAAUGCCAAGUAUGCCAUUUCAAUGGCUCGAAAAAUUGGGGCAAGAGUAUAUGCUCUUCCAGAAGACCUGGUUGAAGUGAAACCCAAAAUGGUCAUGACAGUUUUUGCAUGUCUCAUGGGAAAGGGGAUGAAGAAGGUGUAAGGCCAAAUAGGGUUGACCUCGGAGGCUGAAUCACACAAUUUUGACUGCCUCAAAUACUGGAUGCCCUUUUCAAGACCCAAGAAGCAUGUGGACUGGCUAAGCCAUUCCAGAGUUUAAAGAGAUUGUAACAUUAAAGCAAGGUUCUAAGCAGCAUUUAGUUCAGCCAAGUAAUCUAGCCUGUGUUUAACAGAAAUAUGCUUCAUUUCUUUAAGAAAGAAAGAAAGAAAUCCUAAAUCUCAUGCAAAUAAUUUAUAUCCUUGAAUAUAUCUGCUUCCUUUGAAAAUCCAGAAGUUAUUUCCUAGCAGCCCUUCCCCACAAGCUCCACUUUAAUCAU